AAAAAAAAAAAAAAUAUGGCGGCAACUUGCAUAGACAUCCUCCUGGCAAUCAUCUUGCCUCCUCUUGGUGUCUUUCUCAAGUUUGGUUGCCAGGUGGAGUUUUGGAUCUGUUUGUUACUGACCAUCUUGGGCUAUAUCCCUGGGAUUAUUUAUGCUGUCUAUGCCAUCACCAAGUAG